AUGGAUCAUGAUUUCCAAGCCAUUGGUUUCGCCCAGCAGGAGAACGACGAACCCCUCCAUUCAAUGGUUGAGAAGCAGAUCUCGAGAAUGCAGAAUCGCCUAUGCUCACUUCGACAUUCCCGGUCAUCAACUAUGAGAUACUCACCUAGAAACUCGAGCAUGCCUCAAAGCGCCGAGCCAUCACGACCAUCCCUGGGUAUCAGCCCGAAGCGGACCACUCAGACCACGAGGCAAGCGUCUCCAAGACCACGAAAGCACCUGUAUCCGCGUCUGUAUUUCACACACUUCAUCGAAGUCGCUUUGACCAAUGCUCCCAACGAUGCUGAUGAUCUCCGUGUCGGGAAAGCCCACCCCGGAUUGCCCCUAGAUCAAGCCACCGGGAUCAAUGCUGAUACCGAGGGCUCGAUCCGAAAAACGAACGAUGGGCCGCUCCUAUACUAUGUUGAGGUGGUUAUUCAUCUUGCAAUCCCUUACAUGGUUCAUUCGGGCAUAUGCAAGCGCGGGAGCAGGGUUACUCCAGAACAUCACAGAAAGACGCGGAGUAAAGCCAUGUCAAAGGAUCGUCUCAUUCGCCAUUUCAUCAUUCAGGGGAGAUCAGUGGUACCAGGAACAGCUCUGCUUCUCCUCCAAGAAGCAGCAACAUAA